CUGUUCGUUCUACUUUCAAACCUAAGGUGAAUUUAAUAUUCAAUUCCGUUUGUUUGUCUUGUUUAUCAUAUAGGCAUUGUUACUAGUGAAUGUGAGACUGCUUAAGACUUUAUUUUUCAUCAUGGUAUGUUUUAUAUGGACUUAUUUGAGCUUAUGUACCUCAUCACUUAUGAGACUAGUUUGCUCUGUUUGAGUAUGUUUGAUGGUAAGAUUUGUGUCCUUUGGAUUAGUUGGUCUUUUGUUGGUGAUUUUUAUAUUAGUUUAUGAUGAUAUUUUGCACCUGAAGCUGUGAAGGCUUAUGAAGGAACAUUGUGAGGAUAGUUUGGGUUCAAUCAGAUUUAGGUGAAGCAGUUGCAUGUAUUACUGCCGGUGGAAUUGUUUCAUUCUUGGAAGAGAUUGGUGAAGAUUCACAGUGGAAGAUAUGCAAAACCUUCGGAAGCAGUGCAAGUCGUUGAUGUUCAAUUCGGAAUCUCUGUCUCGUUUGAAAAUGGUUAGUUUUAGAAGUUUUUUCUAAAACAAAUGAAUGUCAAGUCGCCACUUCUAGUAUAAGCUUUCAAGUUUUAUUAUUUCAUUUGUGCCCCAAAAAAAAAUUAUAUUCAUUUGUUCAAAUUAGUAAAAUACAUUAUAUACAAACAUAAAUUCAAUAUUGCAAAAAAUAAUGCAAACAAACUCACAACAAUUAAUAACAUAAAACGCUAAAAUAUAAAUUAUGAUUUUGUGAUUUUUUAUUUUAAGGCUCACAAUAAUUCUCGACCUUACCUGCAAAUCAACGGUGAUGUCAAUUUAACUAUUAAUCACUUUCUUGCCAUCUCCAUCCUUGAAUUACUACUAUUUAUAAGACAAAUGAUUAAAUCUAGUCCUCGCUUGAACUCUGAUCUAGGCACCAACUUCCACUUGCAUCUAGUAAUCCGUAUACUAGUUUCACAAGCUUCUCGAUAUGAUUAUUUUUCUUGCAUCAAACUACAUUUUGUAGUCCAUGCAAGAUUCACUUUUAGGUAGCUUUACAAGUUUCUUAUAACUUCUUCAACCCCCCGGAGGGAGCAUCAAGGAGGAGUUCCUCUGAGGGCUCAAGGAUCUGUAGUUUCCGUUACGAUAAUUUUGUCGCAGGGACCUUGAUCUAGAGAAUGUGUACUCCCUUCUCUGUGGGGGAGAUAUAGUGGAUCCACGCCUUCUAUAGAUACUCGUCGAAGUUACACAACUUAGAUCAGAAUCUAACCGUUUGGAUCUUGCACUAGAAAUGGCAGCACAAAAGUUUUGAUACCGAGGAAGUAAAUAUUUUUGAUAACUGUAAUUCAAGUAUGUGACAUUCCCAACUUAGACGAUGUGUGACCCAAUACACAAACCUCAAAAAUUGAACCGUUUGUUCCUAAUCUUAAUCUCCCUUCAGUCUCUUCUCUUGUAAAUUGUAAUAUUGCCUUUUUAUAUCAAUUUCCAUUUCCACACAAAAACAGCAUCUCCCAUAAUUUCUAUAGUGCUUGUUCUUGUGUUUACAUAUGGCAGAUACUAUGGACCUCUCUGAAGAACUAAGGCUGGUCCUCAAAUCCUUCGAGGACACAGGCAUUCCGGUUCAAGCCUGGACAACAACCGAGCUCGCGCGACAUUUCAUAACCACCGAGAGUUUCAUCGCCAGUGUCAAGACAAUUACUCGUAGCAACAAGAUUGUCCAUGACAAUGUAAUGUCCUUGGCAAUUCAACGCGGUUUCUGGGCUGAAAACCGCAAAUGUGCUCCCAUGGCAAUGAUGAAGUUCUGUAUCUUUCUUAAAUCCAAAGAAGGGUCUGAAUUCCUUGAUUGUUUUCAGAAGAAAGCCGAACUUUCCACACGCUUUAUGGAUCUCUUUAACACGGGAUAUGCAUUGAUGCUUGUGCGUCAAGUAUCGGAGUUGGAAGCUGCGAGGAAAGGACGGAUAGCAGAGAUUGAAGCUGAUAUUGCUGACCAUCGAAGUAAGAUUGUGUUGUUGGAGAAACAGCUGGAGAAGGAGAUAGUCGAGGUUGAGAGACGAUAUCUCCCUGCUUCUCAGUAUGUUCCGUUGGACGAGCAAGAGUUAUUGAAGAGAUGUUAUGACAUGUAUGUUGAUGAGUGUACAAGGAAUGAGGAGAUGAUGAGGGAGUUGGAUCAGGAGCUGAUUGAGUUUAUUAAGUCUAAGUAUGAGAAAGAGGUGCGUAUGCUGUAUAUCAGUGAUUUCAUGGCGGACGAGAAAAGGAAACGUUUGUUGAAAGUUUGGAAUUAUGAGAGGAUUAACAAAACAGGUGAUGUCUCACCUUAGUUGUACUCUUUCUAGAUGUUGCAUUUUUUCUUUGUUAAGUGUUUGCAAUUGAAAAUUUAGAAGUUAUGUAUUGCAGUAGUAACACAAGGGUUCUAACUUUAUGUUUAUUUAUUUAAGUAAAUUGACAUUAUGUUAAACACUCAUGAUUAUGUAUAG